UAAUUUUUUCUUUUCUUUGCAGGACAACAAAAAGGCAUCUCACUUUCUAUGAUGGGACUAAUUCCUGCCUCCCAGGAGUGUGCCAUGUUUCUAUGGCGGAACCUUUCUGUGCCAAAACAAGAGAAGUUCUCCUGGAUGUUGCCAAAAAGCUUGGAAUCAAGUGUCACUCAAAGGGGACGGUAAUUACAGUUGAGGGACCACGUUUUAGUUCUCGGGCUGAAAGCUUGAUGUUUCGUAGCUGCGGAGCUGAUGUGAUCAAUAUGACGACAGUCCCAGAAGUAAUUCUGGCAAAGGAGGCGGGAAUCUGCUAUGCGAGCAUCGCCAUGGCAACCGAUUAUGACUGCUGGAAAGAACAUGAGGAAACGGUCUCAGUGGACAGAGUUCUAAAGACGCUGAAGGAGAAUGCAAACAAAGCAACUAGUUUGCUACUCACUGCCAUACCUCAGAUUGGAUCCAUGGAAUGGUCAGAAACCCACCAGAACUUGAAAAAUACUGUGCAGUUAUCCGUCAUGCUACCAAAACAUUGAAAACCUACCAAGCUACAGGACUUGAAGAUCAGAAGACAGACAGACGUCUUUACUUUUAAAGAAUGCCUUUAAUGGAUGCGGCAUUUUUCCUUUCCAUCUGCUAAUAUGCUUCUUUUGGAAUAAGAUCUUGCAAAGGCUGAAGAACAGAACAUUCGCAGCAGAUUUGAAAAGUAAUUAAUUCUUAAAACUGACAUUUCAGACUGUGAACACAAUAGCUGAUACUUGAUCAUGUUCCACUGAUAUGAAAGAGGUUUUUUUUUUUUUUAAAAAAAGAGGGUCAUUAGCUCUAGUUCAAAUAUUAGAUCAUAACUCAAAUCAAAAAUGGCUAAUCCAUAACAAGCUAUGUUUAUAUCCCCUUGCUCGCCCCCUCCACCCCCCCAAAAAAAUGACCACCACCCCCAGAGUGGUUAUAGUAGUGGAUUGCCAUUCUGUAGCAUUUUUAAAACGCAAAGAAAUUGUUUUGAAUGGGGAUUAAAUGCAUUUUUAUUAUGCUUUUUAAUAGAAAAUUACGGACUUUUUGUGUCUUCAGUUUAAUAUGCUGGAUUUCAUGAAUUGCUGGAUUUAUUUUCUUUUUUUUAUAUGUUUUUUUUUAAGAGUUUGUGGCGGAUGGGUAGACUUGGUUGAUUUAUUAUUUUUUUAUUUGAAUGGCUCUGAGGGGAGUUUUUGGGCAGCAAAAAAGCAGGAUACGUGGGUUUUGUGUGGUAAAGAAAAAAGCCAUUUUAAGACCACAAAGGACUCAAUCAUGAAUUUUUUUCAGUUGCCAACAGUGAGUGUUGAGCAACUCCAUUUCCGUUCGAAGUUUUCUGGUGCCCUUAUGGCUGUGGGAGCUCUUCCAAACUAAGGCCACUGUGUUACUUCAGAAAAAAACUACCUUUUAUUGAAGACAAUACACCAUUUAUUCUAGCAAAAGCAGCAGAGUAACAGAGACUACUAUAGGUGAGCGAUGUUUCUGAGUGUUUGAAGGCAUCACAAACUUGUUUGAAUGGGUUGUGUUUGAACGAUUAUGUAGUAACAGCCUCAGAAACUUCUCUGAACCAAGUCACUUGGUUCACUUUAUUUUUUUUCCUAAAUAUUUUGAAGAGUGAAGAACGAGUACAACGUCUCUGAAGAACAUAUUCACAUUGUUUGGAACGCUGCUGCUGAAUAUAAUAUACACUGUGUACUGUUGUAUCCUUUCAAAUUAUGCCUUAGUUACAUAUGUUAAAUACCCUCUCUUCUGUU